ACGCAAACUUUAUACAGUGUGGCCUACUUUCUAUGAUAAGGGCACUGGUGGACCCUACAGUGAAGACACGGCUGAUGUUUAAAAAGAGCUUUUCUCACUUUAUGAAAAAAAAAAAUCAGCCUUCAGCUGUGGUAUGGGAUUAGAUCCAUUUUUCAAUAUCUGAGGCUUCGCUGUAAAUUGUACCUGACACUUUUUCCUGCAGAGGUCACAUACCUACUUGGAGGUUUGUUGAUUUGCACUUACAUUUUCCUAUUGGGCAUUAAAAAUAGCAGUCUAUCAUACUUACUUAUUUGUUUGCAUAUUUAUUACAACUGUCAAACUCACAAGGGUGGACAACUAUGUGCAUGAACUAUAUGUAAAUGAUAAACCACUACAGUUAAAGCAUAUCCCAAUGUUAAUAUGUCUUACCUUAUACAUAAUAUAAACUGGACUUCAGAUAGGUUUGCCUAGUCUAUUACAUUCCCAAAAAGCAGGAUGACCUGUUUGUAUCUAGAAAUGUGCGCCUCCUGUCCUCCUGAGGGUCAGGCACUCUGUGACAGGACGGAGGGCAAAGCAAAUGGCGUGCAUGACUCCACACAUAGAUAAUAGGCUUUGAAAUCUUGUUUGUUAAUAACAAAGGCUCGGAUAUAGGCCAACUGUCUGAGGUGUAAGGCUGACCCAAGGACACUGGCGCCAUUGGCACACUGGCAGAACAGGUGAAAUAACAUAUUUUCGACAUGGAAAAUAUGCAAAAAGAAAAAAAACUUUUCUUUAACAUGAAUAGCUUUGACAUUACACUGUAAGUUGUGUGUAGUCAGUUCCCCUUGUACUGCAUCAUGACAUGCACUAUAUGAUUACACGUACGCUUCUUAUAAGCAGCGUGCAACUCUGAAACAACCCGACUGGUAAUGGAUUUUCUUGCAGUUUGCGCAAUUUCACUGACUAACUGACGUGCAUCUCAGUCCGACUUGGACUUUAAAAAUAGAUAUUACUUCGCACCUCGGACUACUUUGACAUCAUCAUAAUAACAAUGAUAAUAAUAAAAAGCGAGUCUUACAUGUUUCUAAGAAACAUAAAGAAUGAGAGGUAGAUAGUGUUGCUGGGUAAACAUUCAAAACGCCCUUCGAAAUAUCCUCUCAGAAUGACUUUACUGGGCUGUGUACUGUCUCCGCUACACACCAAAUCCAGUAUUUUUCCAUCAAGUAGCGCGCUGGACCACGUGACCACAGAGGAGGGAAAAAAAACGCUGUCAUGUUUGCGUCCUCCAUUGACAGCGGUGCACUGAAUAUAUGGCGCUCAAAUAGGAAAAUACAAGACAGCGUUUCUGCAUUUAUCGUCCCGGCUGCUGCUGACACUAUAUAUAAAUAUAUAUAUACAUACAUAUAUACACAUAAUGUCCCCCGUUCACUUUGGUAGCGUUACCCAUUCGUGGAAACAAAUUCUGCUCCAGGUCGUUUUUCUAACCCCGUGCGUUCAUGAUCAUGUAACCACGCCCACUCGUGGCUGGUGGAAAAUUACCAGCUUACAAGCAACAGGCAAAAUGAAUGGUAGUUGCGGUUUAUCACAUCAUUCAAACCAACAGGCUACCUGCAUGAACUAGGCACACUGCUUUCUGGCUAUAUUUGGCUUCAAAAUAGCAAAACCUCCACAGAGACACUUAAAUGGAUAACAAACAUCAAACGCCAUUACUUUUGCUCCGCGUGCGGCACGCUCGCGCUCCAGUUAUUUCUAGUAAUUGCUCGAAUAAUUGAAAUGUUUAUGUUAAAACUCCGUUUUGACACGAAAGUCAGGUCGAGAAGUUAUUCGCCAUUCUGUAAAACGGAGUCGUGUAGAAGUCCAUUCUGCAAGGGAGUCUGCCCUCUUUUUCUCUCCGGGCGGAGUAGUCGCGUGGGCGCUUGUGCGAAUUGAAAUAAACUGACAGGUCGAUCCUUCAAUGGGACGCCAAGUAGGAAGUCUUCGCCAGAGACAAGGCCAAUCACAGCGCGGCCUGGGCGUAACCUAAGUCCAAACUUUACGCGGCGCCAUCGGCUGAAAACUAAACCGAGAUGGAAUCUCCCAGUCUGAACCGGUUUCAACCGGUUGCGAGUUAGUUGCUUGAGAGGAGAGAAGAGAGGAGGCGCAGGCACACAACCUCUAUACCACCCUGCUGGAAAAUUAUUAGAGUAAAGAAUAAAUUAGUGAAUCAAGGUUUACUUAGUUUCGUAAAAUGUAUCGGAGUGAGAGAUUGUUAGGUCUACCGUGAUAGUAGUUUUGGAAUCCACAUCAGUGGUUCUUACCAGCCAGACAUCAUUCACUACUGGAGCUGGAGAUAGUCAACGCUGCAGAGAUAGGAAAUCUUUUCUAAUCAUCAGAUACUCUGAAGUACUUUUAGUACCCAGUAGCUUUUUUUUUUUGGCAAACGCCACUCUUUUCAGUCAGAGCCUCGGAUAUUAGAGCUCUAUGCCAGCAGUUAUGACAAUGUUAGCAGACCAUGCAGCACAGCAGCUGCUGGACUUCAACCAGAAACUGGAUAUCAAUCUGCUGGAUAAUGUGGUGAACUGUCUGUAUCAUGGGGUAGGACCACAGCAAAGAAUGGCACAAGAAGUGUUGACACACUUAAAAGAGCACCCAGAUGCCUGGACGAGAGUGGACACCAUCCUUGAGUUCUCCCAGAACAUGAACACCAAAUACUAUGCUCUCCAAAUUCUGGAAACGGUUAUCAAAACCAGAUGGAAGAUUCUUCCCAGGAAUCAGUGUGAAGGUAUAAAAAAGUAUGUUGUUGGGCUCAUUAUCAAGACUUCAUCUGAUGCAUCAAGUGUAGAGAAAGAGAAGGUGUACAUUGGCAAGCUGAACAUGAUCCUUGUUCAGAUCCUGAAGCAGGAGUGGCCCAAGCACUGGCCCACCUUCAUCAGUGACAUUGUGGGGGCGAGUCGUACCAGCGAGAGCCUCUGUCAAAACAACAUGGUCAUUCUGAAGCUGCUCAGUGAGGAGGUGUUUGACUUCUCUAGUGGCCAAAUGACCCAGGUCAAGGCCAAGCACCUAAAAGACAGCAUGUGCAAUGAAUUCUCCCAGAUAUUCCAGCUGUGUCAGUUUGUUAUGGAGAAUUCCCAGAAUGCCCCCCUGGUCCAUGCCACCCUGGAGACACUUCUGCGUUUUCUCAACUGGAUUCCUCUGGGAUACAUCUUUGAAACCAAACUGAUCAGCACAUUGGUGUAUAAGUUCUUGAAUGUGCCGAUGUUUCGCAACGUGACGUUGAAGUGCCUGACAGAGAUUGCGGGUGUGAGCGUCAGCCAGUACGAGGAGCAGUUUGUUACCCUCUUCACCUUGACCAUGUGUCAGCUCAAACAGAUGCUGCCUCUGAACACCAACAUUCGGCUGGCCUACGCCAAUGGGAAAGACGACGAGCAAAACUUCAUCCAGAACCUCAGUCUGUUCCUGUGCACUUUUCUUAAAGAGCACGGGCAACUCAUUGAGAAGAGGCUCAACCUCAGAGAGACAUUAAUGGAAGCCCUCCACUACAUGCUGCUGGUGUCAGAGGUGGAAGAGACCGAGAUCUUCAAAAUCUGCCUGGAGUAUUGGAAUCACUUGGCCGCUGAGCUCUACAGAGAGAGUCCCUUUUCCACAUCCACGUCCCCUCUGCUUUCUGGCAACCAGCACUUUGACGUGCCUCCACGGAGACAGCUCUAUCUACCCGUUCUCUCCAAGGUGCGUCUGCUGAUGGUAAGUCGGAUGGCCAAGCCAGAGGAGGUCCUGGUGGUGGAGAAUGAUCAGGGGGAGGUGGUCAGGGAGUUCAUGAAGGACACAGAUUCCAUCAAUCUCUACAAGAAUAUGAGGGAGACUCUUGUGUACCUGACUCACUUGGAUUAUGCGGACACAGAACGCAUAAUGACAGAGAAGCUUCACAACCAGGUAAAUGGUACUGAAUGGUCCUGGAAGAACCUCAACACACUGUGCUGGGCCAUUGGAUCCAUCAGUGGGGCUAUGCAUGAGGAGGAUGAGAAGAGGUUCCUCGUUACUGUCAUUAAGGAUCUGCUGGGUCUCUGUGAGCAGAAGCGAGGAAAAGACAACAAGGCCAUCAUCGCCUCUAACAUCAUGUACAUUGUUGGCCAGUACCCUCGUUUUCUUAGAGCCCACUGGAAGUUCCUGAAAACUGUUGUGAACAAGCUCUUUGAGUUCAUGCACGAGACCCAUGAUGGAGUUCAGGACAUGGCGUGCGACACCUUCAUUAAGAUUGCCCAGAAGUGUCGGCGCCACUUUAUCCAGGUGCAGGUGGGAGAGGUGAUGCCCUUCAUCGAUGAGAUCCUCAACAACAUUAACACGAUCAUCUGUGACCUUCAGCCUCAGCAGGUGCACACGUUUUAUGAGGCAGUAGGGUACAUGAUCGGUGCACAGACCGACCAGGCUGUUCAGGAGCACCUGAUAGAGAAAUAUAUGCUGCUGCCCAAUCAAGUGUGGGACAGCAUCAUCCAGCAGGCCACCAAGAACGUGGACAUCUUGAAGGACCCAGAAACCGUCAAACAGCUGGGCAGCAUUCUUAAGACCAACGUCAGGGCCUGCAAGGCAGUGGGACACCCCUUUGUUAUCCAGCUGGGAAGGAUUUACCUUGACAUGCUCAAUGUGUACAAGUGCCUCAGCGAGAACAUCUCUGCUGCCAUUCAGACAAACGGUGAGAUGGUGACAAAGCAGCCACUGAUCCGGAGUAUGAGAACAGUGAAACGGGAGACUCUGAAGCUGAUCUCAGGCUGGGUCAGCCGAUCAAACGACCCACAGAUGGUUGGUGAGAACUUCGUUCCCCCCCUGCUGGACGCCGUCCUCAUUGACUACCAACGCAAUGUCCCUGCCGCCCGUGAGCCUGAAGUCCUCAGCACCAUGGCAACUAUUGUCAACAAGCUGGGGGGGCACAUCACCAGCGAGAUACCGCAGAUCUUUGAUGCCGUCUUUGAGUGCACUCUAAACAUGAUCAACAAGAACUUUGAGGAGUAUCCAGAGCACAGGACCCACUUCUUCUAUCUGCUCCAAGCAGUAAACUCUCACUGCUUCCCCGCAUUCCUCGCCAUCCCUCCAGCCCAGUUCAAACUAGUGCUGGACUCCAUCAUCUGGGCCUUUAAGCACACCAUGAGGAAUGUGGCUGACACUGGUCUGCAGAUUCUGUACACCUUGCUGCAGAAUGUGGCCCAGGAGGAGGCAGCCGCUCAAAGUUUUUACCAGACGUAUUUCUGCGAUAUCCUGCAGCACAUUUUCUCAGUGGUCACUGACACAUCACACACUGCUGGCCUGACAAUGCACGCGUCCAUCCUGGCCUACAUGUUCAACCUGGUGGAGGAGGGGAAGAUCACUGCAGCGCUGAACCCCGCCAGCCCCACCAACAACCAGGUGUUCAUCCAGGAAUAUGUGGCCAACCUGCUUAAGACUGCCUUCCCCCACCUACAGGAUGCUCAGGUGAAGGUGUUUGUGACAGGGCUGUUCAGCUUAAACCAGGACAUUCCUGCCUUCAAGGAGCAUCUGAGGGACUUCCUCGUCCAGAUAAAGGAGUUUGCAGGUGAGGACACCUCGGAUCUUUUCCUGGAGGAGAGGGAGGCAUCACUCCGACAGGCCCAGGAGGAGAAACACAAGAUCCAGAUGUCGGUGCCCGGCAUCCUGAAUCCUCACGAGAUCCCAGAGGAGAUGUGUGACUGAGCGCCUGCUCAGUCUAACUGUACAGUACUCGAAACUUAACCCUAACCACAGCAAACACAACAAAACCCAAGAGAGGCACUUGAGUGUGGUGGGAGGCCGUGGGCCAUCCCAUUGGAUGUUUGUUGACCAAAAUAAUGCCAAUACUCUGUAAAUGAUUACCGCAUCACCCUGUGGUCCUUUUUACAUGAUCUGCGUUUUCUAUGGAGACUUUUUGUGUAAUAACUUUCCAAAACUGUUAAUCUAGCUUACGUUCUGUUGGUCUCUGGCCCUUCUCAGACCUGCAUGAUGAAGUUAUAACGAUUAGGACAAGUUAACCAUGUUGUUUUGGAUCGGUUUCCGUCACUUCCCUCUUUCUGUUUCCCAGUUCUUCCCUCUUUCCCAUCUCUUUGUUUAUAUAUAGAUCUAUUCUACACCCAGUGUGGGCAGGGGUGGGCGGGGGUGUUGUGAAAAUCGGCCCAUGUGUUGAGUUGGCAUAGAAGCUUCUAGACCUGUGGUGUGACAGAAAGUGGUCUUUUAGAGGCGCACGCACCGCUUGUUUGGUGCCCCACGGCAUUGUGGGAGAAUGUGAAUCUAAUGGAAAAUGAAUGAAGGCUGAGAGACGCUGCUCGUGCAGCAGCAUCUUGUUGCUCAUGACUUUCUGCUUCACCCAAAAAACUGAGCUGCUGCUGCCAGCGUGAGGUUUUUUUUCAGGGAAAGCAAAAGCGAAUAUGUGCAUAUCAUCCCAAUUGUAUAGCAUCUUUAAUACCAUGGGAACAUUUUUUUUUUUUUCCUCUUAUUCUGUUAUUUCUUUUUGUUGUGGGUGUGUGCGCGUGUGUGCUGUCGCCUAGUCGACAUCAGCGUUUUGUUUUCCUCUAAGAGGAUUGUUGCUCAUUUGUGAGCCUUCAUUAAUGGGAUGUUUUAAGGAAGUGGCGGAGGUAUUUAUGGGCUCUUUGGUUGGUUGCAUCUUUAUAACAACUCCUGUUUAACUCAGAUGGCUUUGGAGAUUUUGAAUUGUACUAAUUUAGAUUGUUUACCAUGCAGUAGUGCUUCAAGACACUACCUUUAGAGCAAAAUGAGAAAUAAACCUGGGUUUACAUUUAAUUUUGUAUUUUUGCAUUUUUCAUUUGUAACUGUUUGAGUUUUGUCCAAAUAAAGGCUUUUUUUUUUUUUUUUUUUCUGUCCAGAGAGUAAAUGAAUUGCCAAUGAGUUUAAUUAGGACGAAUGUAUAAAUCCAAAUAAGCAUCCAAUCUCUAAUGGCAGAUUUCCCUUCUCAAGGUGUUACAUUUGUUGUGAACUUUUUGAACUGAUUAAAGGUGAGAAUUUUAUAAUCCUG